CUUCUUCGAAAUGUCGCAGUAUGAAGUGUUUGAGAGAGAAACGGAGCGGAUAAUGGCGCUGUUGACAAACACAGCCCGGACUGAACUCUACAGAGUGUUUGGUUAUCAGGCUGCAGUAGCAGUACACAGUAAUGAUGAGAGUAAUAAUAAUAAUACUGGUUCUGAUUCACAGCUCCGACUGGCGGAACUUACCUCAAUCAUGGAAUCGUUGGCGAAGGAGGCAGCUCGACGAAUAUGCCAGCUGUUCAAGGUUUGCUAUGAGGUAAAACAGUGUAAUCCAGUGAACUUGGACACUACAACACCAGAUUUAAAGGACACAGCUGUACAACCCAUGGAUGCUCAGACAGCCAUACCUGAAGGAACUGUGUGUCUCUUAGUGAGUGGGCAGAAUGAGUCACUGGUUCCUUUACCAGCAACAACACCUCCACAGGACAAUAUAAUCCCACAGGAUCAGUGCCCUGGCCAUAAGAAAGACGACUCUACAGCCGUUAGUGCUCCUGUCAAGGUGGAUGAUGGCCGAAAUCAAAUCCAAGUCCUUCUAAUAAAAGAAAGCACGGAUGAAGAUGAGGAUACAAUAAUAACACCAGAUGCGCAAACCAGCGUUCAACCAGAAGAUCCAAAGGAAAUAAUGUCAUACAAAUGUGAUGUGUGUAACAAGACAUUUUCAAAGCUGUAUUACCUGAAGCGGCACAAGGAAAUCCACACCAAAAUAUACAAUCACACCUGCAGCAAGUGUGGGAAGAAAUACAGAUUCCUGAAAGCACUAAACAAGCACCUCUUGUCUCAUGGCGUGAAGAAGAACUCGACACAUCCCUGCUCGACGUGCGGCAAAAGCUUCGUGGAUCUAGCAAAGCACAAACUCACUCACUUAAGUGUAAAACCGUAUCUUUGCGGCGUGUGUGGGAAAGAAUUCACUCUGGAGUCUGUUCUCCUGGCACACCAGAGACUUCACACGGGGGAAAGGCCGUACCAGUGUGAAAUGUGUGGCAGACGCUUCGCACAAUCGAGCACCCUUCACGUUCACAAGAGGAUCCAUUCUGAGGAGAAGCCGUGGACGUGCAGCUUGUGCGAUAAGACCUUUAGGAGACAGACUGGUUUGAAAAACCACCAGCUGGUUCACACGGGGGAGAAGCCGCACACCUGUGAAACAUGCGGGCAGAAGUUUGGGCUCAGGGCGAAUCUGAGAAGACACACGCUCAGUCACUUGGGCAUGAAGCCGUACGUGUGCAAGAUCUGUGGUAAAAGCUACAGCCAGAUGACCAUGCUAAAGCAGCACAUGCCGGUCCACGGGGGGGCAAAAUCCUUCAUGUGUGAGAUGUGCGGUAAGACCUUUGUGUAUAAUUACGCCCUAAGAAAGCACAUGCAGACACACGUGGGGGUUAGAAAAGAACGACACGAGAAGCACGCUCAUCGCUGUGAUGUAUGUGGAAAGUGCUACAGCUCUAGUUACACUUUCAAAAUGCACCAGCGUAUUCACUCCGAGAACAAUCCUUUCACCUGUAAGAUCUGUGGGAAGAUCUUUAACAGUAUGGGCAGCUUGUACACACACGAGCAGCGCCACACAAGAGUAAACGUUUACCAGUGUGAGCUCUGCAAAAAGACCUUCCUGAACAAGUCCUAUCUCAAAGUCCACGAGUCCUUGCACACCAAACAAAAGAUCCACAAAUGUGACCUGUGUGGGAAAGGAUUCAGUCUUCCUAACGGACUUAAGGUGCACAUGCUCAUUCACACGGGUGAAAAACCGCACAAGUGUGAACUGUGUGGCAUGUCCUUUCGCAACGUUGGCAAUCUGCGAAGGCACAAGCGUGUUCACACUGGUGAGAAGCCGUAUAGCUGUGAGGUCUGUGGAAAAAGCUUCAGCCAGCCUAACAAUGUCAAGGCUCACAUGCAGAUCCACACCGGAAUAAAGCCGUACACGUGUGAGAAAUGUGGGAAACAGUACGCUUAUGUUAGGAAUUAUAAUGAUCACAAAUGUGUGCCUCUUUAA